AUGGACAACACCCCUUCUGCCCAGCAGCAGUUUACGUCUAACCAGUUAGGCACCUCGGGCUCCUCAUACCCUUCUCCGUCAGCCAUAGCGCCUCACCAACUGCAGCAAGGUUCCUCCACUCAGCACACCUUGCCCCCUCUUCAGCAUAAUAAUAAUAGUAUGCAAUCAAUCUACGGGAGCCACCCUCAUACGCCUAGAACGCCAGGGACUCCUAGUACACCUCAGCCACAGAACAAUAUGAGCAACUAUCCACCACCGAGCGCAGGUCCUGCCCGUACUUCGUAUCCCAUGAUGCCUAAUCAGUAUCAGAAUGCACCUCAAGGUUAUCCAACGACUACAUCUAUGAUGCCUCAGGCCUCUGUAGCAGCGUCGCACCCGCAGCCCAUCGCACCUGCGCCGGCUGCAGCGCGACCGCCAGUUCUCCGCCCCAUGCCUGCCGGUGGGAUUAUGCCCGCGUCAGGAAUGUCUUCGCCUUAUGGUGGAAGUCCUAUGAUGAGCCACCAACCAUCUUUACUGCAGGAUACUGAACAGCCUACCCAUGUAGUUGGAUCCCAGGGACGACGCGGCAUCUUGCCGAGUGCGCCGGGUCGACCCGCAGCCCCCACAGGUACAGGUGCCUCGAAAAAUACUGUCAUCCCUCAGAAGGAUGCUGACGGAAAGUUUCCUUGCCCCCACUGUACGAAGACUUACCUCCAUGCUAAGCAUCUCAAGCGCCAUCUAUUGCGCCACACCGGCGACCGCCCAUAUAUGUGCGUGUUGUGCCGCGAUACGUUCUCACGAAGUGAUAUCUUGAAGCGCCACUUCCAAAAAUGCUCGAUUCGUCGAGGUAACCCAACUGGGGCGAGUCACUUGUCUCAUCCCCAAGCACACGUUAAAAAGCAGCAGCAGAAUGCCCAAAAGGCAAACGAGGGCGAUUUAAGUCACAUGAAUGGCAUGGCUAGUAUGCCAGGUGACCAAGUCGUUCAUCCUUUCGGUAUGGUCCAGAUCCAAGAUGGUAUGGGAAACAUGGCCAACGACCAGAAUCAGCUCUCUAGGUCAAGCAGCAUGAGUCGGAUGGACGAUGCCGCCAACCGGGACCGCAGAAACAUGCCAGGCGGCUACAGUGCUGAAGUGCCCAACUCGAUGGCAUCCAACAUCAACCCACAGUUGGCUAACUUCAACAUGCCACCGAACCAAAAUGGCAUGCCCAUGUAUGGAGCUUCUGGCUCAAACCAACAGUCGGGCCUUGACUGGUCGCAGAUGUUCCAACAGCCUGGUGCGCAACCAACACAUACCUACAACACUACGUUCCCAUCUCCUAAUAUUGGACAGAAUCAGACCGCAAUCAAAACCGAGCCUAACCUCACCCCCGAGAGAUCCAAUGGCACACCCGGCGCUCCCCCGACCGAUGGUACCGACCGACCGUUCUUGUUCACGAACUGGGAACCGCAGAAUUCUAUGCAUGAUGGGUGCCAGCAACUUACUACUCAAAUAGUCAAUUUCUUCUACCCAUCUAGCAAUUACAUCUCAUCCGAAAACAAUGCUAUACAUAUGCUUUUUCAUCCCGAAAACAUUAGAAAUUUCCUCUCGUCUUUUAUUCAUUUUCAUAUUCACUUUUCCUUUCUUCACAUUCCUACUUUUCGCAUUAUGGAAGCCUACCCUGGCCUCACGGCAGCCGUGUGUUGUAUUGGCGCUUGUUACUCUGACCGGGUUGAUCAAACACUUGUGCGUGAGGUUACAACUUUUCUCAGUAUCGCUCUUGAAAGAGACUGCAAUCUAGUAGAAUCGCAGGCGCCGUUUAAGGUUGAAGCCGGAAAAGACAAAGUUGGUCUUGAAAAGUUACAAGCGCUAAUUUUGACAUCGUCUCUGCUAAUCUGGAAUGGAACUCCAAUUCAAAGGGAAUCUGCCCGACGCCUAUUCCCUGUUGUGGCUUCAAUAGCACGGUGUUCCGAUCUUUUGCGGAUCCAGGACAACUCAAGUCUCUAUAGUUUCCUUCACCAACCAAAUCUCGAUCUCCAAAACAUAACCCUCCAGUCAUUCGAUUGGCAAUCGUGGACUGAACAAGAAAAGCGUAUUCGGCUCAUGCAUAUGGUAUAUCUACUAGAUGUCGCACGGGGAUUGUACUUCAACCUUGAUUCACAAUUUGACGCCUUCGAGAUCUGUAUACCAUUGCCAUCCGACGAUGCUGCAUGGGAAGCUCAGUCUGCAGACGAAUGUGCCAGGGCUCUCAAUCUUUUCGGCUCGGAUGCUGUAAAGAAGGCAAACCCUGACGGCUCACAACGGAGCAAGCAACCUGAACUGAAUUUAGUUCUGCGAGCAAUGUUAGACGGCACAAUACAAAUUCAGCCUGGAAGCACCAAUUUGUGGGGAAAGUUCAUUUUGAUUCAUGCUAUACUUGCUCAAAUUCGACGAGCACAUCUUGAGGGUAAAUCAACUGAGCUCGGUAGUUCGACAACGCCACUUCGACAAAACGAUUGGAUCGUGAUGGUGGGUUCGGAUUUUGCUGAUCCCAAUAACAGCAAAAGAGAUACACCCAUACCCGGCAGUCCACCCAUGUCCCGUGAGAUAUAUCGCAGCUUUAGUGCAGCACUAGAUAAGUGGAAAUCUUACUGGGAUAUGGAUAUGGCCAUUCAAUUUCCGCCUUCAGUUUCCAAUCCUCGACGACACGGCUUCUCACGCGAUGGGCCGCAUUUCUUCUGGCUUGCAAAGGUACUUCUCAAAACUCCGCGCCUGACGCUUGUCCAGCUAGGUCCAGACCAACGAUUGACGCAAGUCAUGCAAUUACUCAAGGCGGCAACAGCAUGGGUAGAGGCCGAUGGUGCUUCACGAGGUGAAGAAUUUGGUUCAGUGGGCGAGAUUAAUCCCGACUAUGCAGUCUCUAACCUCACCCUUGACAUGACCCAAUUCUUCAAGCCGUUACCAGCUGUUGUGGAGUCUUCAAUUGCAUCUUGUGUCAAGACGGACAUAUGA